AUGCUCCCUUCAAUUUGGACCCUUCUAGCCAUCAUCGGCCUCACACUCGCUUCUCCUGUCCCAAUACCAGAUCCAGCACCAGUUACAAACCCGGCACCAGUUCCCGGAGUAAACUCCAGUCCCAGCGAGCUAGCCGAACGAGAAACAGACCUCAAUGCCUUCCUCUCUCUCCUUCUCGACCACCUCCCUGCCAUCGACGGAACCCUCGCAGCCAUAAGCGGCAUCCUCACCACCUUCCAAGGCUUCCUCGCCCUCGUUUCCGGUAAGAAAACAACUUACAACCAACUUUCCAGCACCUGUAAACCAUACACCGUCGUAUUUGCCCGUGGUACAACCGAGCCUGGCAACGUUGGGAUCUUGGUCGGUCCUCCAUUCUUCGAUGCAUUGAAGGCAAAGGUGGGGAGUGCGGCGUUGGCGGUCCAGGGCGUGAAUGAUUAUAAGGCGAGUGUUGUAGGGUAUUUGGCGGGUGGUGAUGUUAAGGGGAGUGUGAAUAUGGCGAUGCAAAUCGCGACGGCAUUCACGACAUGUCCAAACACCAAACUCGUUGUAUCGGGAUACUCACAAGGAGGUCAACUUGUUCACAACGCCCUAGCAUCUCUGCCAGCUACGACGGUCACGUGGGUUUCUAAGGUGGUGAUUUUCGGUGAUCCGAAUAAUGGCACGGCUAUCCCGAAUGUUGAGGCAAACAAGGUUAUGACAAUUUGUCAUCAAGGGGACGAUAUCUGUGAUGAUGGAUUGAGAGUCCUGCAGCAGCAUCUUACGUACGGUCUGGACGCGCGGAAUGCGGCGACUUUUGUGGUUUCUUGA